AUGACAGUGGAAUCAUGUCCCUCACAACUGUUCGACUCAUUUCGUGGCCCCAAUUUUUUUAUUUUCUGCUCUUUGGAAGAUAGGAAAAGAGAAUUAAACUCCAAGAUAAAACAAUUGCUAAAUAAUACUAAAACAAGAAGUUUCGAAUCAUAUGAUGAUUAUUUUAUGAACAAUUAUAUGUUGUAUGAAAAUGUAUCGGAUUCUGACUCCGAUAUUGAGGAGAAUAAGGAAAUUUGGCACUCUUCUAAUACUGCACAGCAUGAAAAUCAUGAAUGGAUACCUCAGGAUAUUUAUGAAAUAGCUCCAAAGAAUAGAGUCACUGCUGGUUUAUCAAUUUCCAGCAUAAUUCCUGAGGACAAAAGGAGGUCGAGGGCCACUCAACAACAAGAAAUUACAGCUGAGGAAAUGAAGGCGAAAAGAAGGAUCUUGAAUGCUGCUAAAAUUCGAAACCUCAAAUCAUCUGUAGUCCCAAAGGUCAGAAAACCGUUUAGAAUGUCUGAUUGGUUGCUACAGGAGAACAUGAAAUAUCGAUCUGCUACUGAAAAUGAUUUAGUUCCUGUGGUUAGCCGUGUGAGUGUCGAGGAGCUCGAGUCUUCAGACAGAAUGCAACAGUUACUAGCGAAAUUCAAAUAG